CCUUUUGAUCUGUGACAGUGAUACUCACAUGUUUUAGUGUUUUGAAUUUUAAUAUAAUAAUAAUAAAUAUGGAGGAAAAAACACCAACAAUUAGUUUGGUUUCAUGCAUGCAUUUCGUCAAACGAGGAGUGGCAAAAGAGAUUCCAGAAAAGAUUGAAUUAACAGAAAAAGAAUUAGAAAAGAUAAUUAAACAAACCGCUAACGAUUUACGCUUGACAGAAGAUGGUGAUGAUGUAAGCGAUGAAGAAGGUGAAGCCAGUGCUAGUGCAGCACCAGAUCCUCCAGCAGAUCCUGAGGACAAAUUCAACUUUGCAAACUAUGAUGAAGAGGACUUAAGCAAUCCUGUAGGAAUUGGAACAGUAGCAACUCUGCCAAACUUAGGAGAUCUUAGUGAGAAUGUUCAAAUCCGGACAGACGGCCCAGAUAGUGAUGAAGAGGAUGAAAUAAUCAAACCAAAUGACAAUCUGCUGCUCGUGGGACAUGUGGAAAGUGAUGCCAGUGUCUUAGAAGUUUAUAUAUUCAACCAUGAGGAAGGCUCAUUCUAUGUUCAUCAUGACAUUAUACUGCCAUGGUUUCCACUGUGCGUUGAGUGGCUGAGUCAUGAUCCCUCAGACCCCAAUCCAGGCAACCUGUGCGCACUGGGUGGUAUGGACCCAGUCAUACAAGUGUGGGACCUAGACAUAGAGAAUUGUCUCGAACCAGCAUUCAAAUAUAAUUCCAAUAAAAAGAAGUGAAACAAGAGAAUUGGACACAAAAUAGAUAUAAUAUCCAUCAGACAUGUAUUGGCGAGUGGUUCUGCAGACAGCACAGUUUUGUUAUGGGAUUUAGACCAAGGCACACCGCAUACAAAGUUUGACGAGUUUGAAGAUAAGGUACAGAGCGUAUCGUUCCACCCGCUCGAAGCGCAGACUCUGGCGACGGGCGCGGCGGACGGAAGUGCGCGAGUGUACGACUGCCGCUCGGGGAGAGCACGCACGUGGCGUCUGCCGCCACAAGUAGAACGCGUCACGUGGGAUAGACACAACCCCUUCUGUUUUGCUUUAAGUAACGAUAAAGGGAAAGUAGCUUAUGUGGACUGCAGACAAGACGAACCGUUGUGGACUAUAGAGGCGCAUGACAACGAAGUGACAGGUCUCAUAAUCAGCGAUCACGUCCCAGGUCUCCUAGUUACAGUUAGCACAGAUGGAAAAAUGAAAACUUGGGACAUCUUAAAUGGGGCGCCGACUCAGGUGAGCGAGCGGAGCGGCCGCGUGGGACAAGCGCUGUGCGCGGCGGCCUGCCCCGAGGCGCCUUUCUCGGUCGCGGUCGGCGGCGACAACAAGGAGUGCUACAUCGAACUAGUCGACCUCAGCAUCAGUGAACAAGUUACAGAACGGUUCGGCUCAAGGCAACAGGUUACGAUUACUACGGAAGCAAACGACGAAACUAUGGAUACAUAGAAUGUAUUUAAAAUAUAUGAAUAUAUUAUAU